AUGCUGGGCACGGUGAAGAUGGAAGGGCACGAGGCUCCGGACUGGAGCGGAUACUACAGCGAGGAGAUGUACUCUCCGAUGGCUGGCGGUGGGAUGGGCUCUGGUCUAGGGAUGGGCUCCAUGUCAAGCUACAUGUCCAGCAGUGGGACCACAUCAGGCUCCUUCAACAUGUCAUACAGUGGGACUGGUCUGAGCCCUGCUCCAGUGGGCGGCAUGGGUGGUUCGGCUCAGGUGGGCAUGUCGGGCCUGGGCGGGGGUGUGGCCUCAAUGGGCGGUACUCUGAGCCCAUCCAGUAUGAGCUCGGUGUCGGCCCAACAGGCCUCGAUGGGUCUGAACCCCUACGGGGGCAUGAGUCCCACUAUGAGCCCUGGCAUGGCAUAUGGCGGUGGCGGGCUGAACCGUGGCCGUGACAACAAAGCGUUCAGACGGAGCUACCCGCACGCCAAGCCCCCCUACUCCUACAUCUCACUCAUCACCAUGGCGAUCCAGCAGGCACCCAGCAAGAUGCUAACACUGAGUGAAAUCUACCAGUGGAUCAUGGACCUGUUCCCGUACUACCGGCAGAACCAGCAGCGCUGGCAGAACUCCAUCCGGCACUCCCUGUCCUUCAAUGACUGUUUUGUCAAGGUGUCACGCUCACCGGACAAACCGGGGAAGGGCUCGUACUGGACCUUGCACCCGGAUUCUGGAAACAUGUUUGAGAAUGGCUGCUACCUGCGUCGCCAGAAGAGGUUCAAGUGUGAGAAGAAGAUGUUGCCGAAAUCUGACAGCAGGAAGGAACAGGGGGGAGGAGGUGGAGGAGCGUCUCCUUCUGGGGACUCCAUCAAACCUCCAGGACUCCUGGACUCCUCCUCCCUGCCCUCCUCCAGCCAGGCGGCCUCGCCUCCCGGUCUGGACCUGCGGGGAGGAGUGGGUGGGGCAUCAGACCUGAAGGUAUCUGGCUCCCAGCUCCUGUCCUCCCUGUCAUUACCCCCCCAGUCCAUGGCGCAUGAGUCCCAGCUGCACCUCAAAGGAGACCCCCACUAUUCCUUCAAUCAUCCGUUCUCCAUCAAUAAUUUAAUGUCGUCUUCAGAGCAGCAGCACAAACUGGACUUGAAGGCCUAUGAGGCGCUGCAGUAUUCCUCCUACGGUGCUGGAGGGGCGUCCGGCCUCGGGGGUAGGACCAUGGAGCCUCUGGAGGCCUCCUACUACCAGGGGGUGUACCCCAGACCGCUCCUCAACACCUCGUAG